AACUGAGGGGGAAAGAAAGAGAGAGAAUUAGUGAAACUGAGGGGGAAAGAGACAGAGAGUUAGUGAAAAAGAAAGCGUCACCACCCAACAUAGAGAGGCUAUAAAGAGGCAGAGUCAUUUACAGAGAAGAAAAAGAGAGGAAGGUUUCGAAUCACUACUGCUGCUUCUGUUAGGGCUGCUACUACGAACUAUACGUACUACUGCAAUAGGAACGAUGAAUGCGAUCGGUGGUGAGAAUGCUAAAAAAACUGUCGGACUCAUUGAAUCCGAUGCUUUGGGGGAUAUCUUGGUGAAAGAAAACAUAAAACCGGCCUCCGAAUUAUCGGUCAGCGACAACCGCAGUCAAUUAGAACGUUUCUAUUGUGAAGUUGUGCCCCGAGCCAAUACCAAAUAUGGAGUAUCAGUUCACGAAAUGACCGUACCCACCGUAGACACAGAAAUUGGAAUUCCCAUAACAAUUUAUAUCCCACAAAACUCACCUGUAGUCACACCAAUAAUGGUUUACUUUCAUGGAGGCGGAUAUAUAAUGGGGUCAAGAAACAAUGUUGAAGAUACAUGUAAAAUAUUAGCUGUCAAAGCUGAAUGUUGUGUAGUGAAUGUUGAAUAUCGGUUGGCACCAGAACACAAGUUUCCUGCUUGUUACAACGAUGCUAAGGCAGCAUCUUAUAUUUGUUGUCCAUCUGUUUUUAUAUGGUCAUACCAUUCUGAUGUGGUGGUCACAGAGCCAGGUGGUAUGCAGCGAAGUAUUGUUGGAGUUGCAGGUGAUAGUGCUGGUGGAAACAUUGCUGCAGCUGUUUGUCAUGAAGUCCCAGGAAUAGCUUUUCAGGUGUUAAUAUAUCCAUUGAUAGAUUUGACUUGCAAAAAUGAAUCGCACAAAACAUAUGCAAAUGGACCGGUUAUAAGUCAAAAAGAUAUGAAGUUUUUCCUUGACAAUUUUCUCAACAAGGAUGAAGAAAAGAUGAAUGCUAGAGGCUCACCAAUUUACAGGAAAUCCUUUCAAGAUAUUCCUCCGGCCAUGUUUAUUGUUGCUGAAAUUGAUCCACUUAAAGAUGAUUCACAUGAAUAUGGGAAGAAAAUUCGUGAGAAUGGCAUAAAAUCAAAAUCACUUCUGAUCAGAGGUGUUGUUCAUGGCUUUUUCACCUUACCAGGCAUCUUUGAGAAGUCUUGCCAGAAGGCUUAUGAAGAAGUAGUUACUUUCAUCAAAUCACAGUUAUAAACCAAGACCAAUUUUGUGGUUUCAUCCAUACGAUAUUUUUCUCUGUCUCUUUCACUCACACACUCCCACC